CUACGGUUAGACGUGUGUUUAAGAUAGUAGAUAGAUAUUUCUAGUUAUAGAUUAAAAGUUUAGAAGUAAUAUUUUUUGAGACUGGGAUCCUUUUUUAGCUAAAGCGUCCAUAAUCCAUUUAAUUUUAGAAACGUGAAACAUUUUUGAAAAUUUAAAUGUCAAAUUAGGUGUGGAUUUUCGUUAAGUUGGAUUCGUCGUGAAAUCUUUAUUCGGGUACCUUGUUCUUUCUUAAUUGGGGGAAAAUUCGAUUUGAUUGAUGAAUUGUUUUAUUUUUAAUUUUCGUUUGUGUCGUUCUUAUCUCUCGUUAAGUGCAUUGGAAAAUAUUAAAAAAUAAAAAAAGCUCAUUUUUGUGUAUGUCGUUCAAUUGCAAAACAUCCCUCUUUGGAAACAACAACGAUACGAUAACUUUGUGGCAUCGAGCUAUGUACGAACCAGAGAGAGAGGGUGGACAGCAAAUGUCAGAAAAAAGGUUGUCGACCUAAUAUGCAGAAUAAGCACAGCUCAGAGUCAAGUCAAGACAUAGAGGCAGAGGCAGUAGCCAGCAGCCAACAGCAGCCAGAAGAGGAGCAGCAAUUUAGCAGUUUUUAGUCGAUUGCCUUUACCCGACAUUAGAGGGUGUGGAGUUUUCUGGAGUUAAUUUUUUGGACUCUAUACCUGUCAAAGCUUAUUCAAUUUAGAAAAACAAUAUUAAAUGGAACAAAUCUCAAAGACUUGAAUUCAAGGAUUAUAAUUCAACCCAUGCAGCUUUUAUAGUUAAUAUAUUUAAGGGAAAAACCAGACAGAAAAACUCCCUGUGUCAAAAUGUUUCUACCUGUCAAACCAAACAUAACCACCGAAAAUGGCAGUGGAAACAGUGAAGAUGUUACCACCACCAGCAAUAAUUCAACACAAACACCGAGCGAUUUAAGCCCACCGGGACCAAACGAGGAAGUACUGCCACAGGCGCAUCACCAAAAUCCUGGACACUGUAUUGCAUCCUUUUCGGCCAUCAAUCAAAUGCGAAAUAAUGCACAGCUUUGUGAUGUCACUCUGGAAGUUGGUGGUGAGACCAUACACGCUCAUAAAGUUGUACUGGCGUCAGUUAGCCCGUAUUUUUAUGCCAUGUUCAAUGAUGAUAUGCUGGAACGGAACCAGGGUAAUGUGACACUUCAUGACGUUGACGUCACUGCACUUAGACAACUAAUUGACUAUACAUACACUGGUGAGAUAACAAUAACGGAGGACAAUGUACAAGUACUGCUUCCAGCAUCGAGCCUCCUACAAAUCCAAUCGGUCCGCGAGGCAUGCUGCAAAUUCUUACUCCGUCAGCUUCAUCCUUCCAAUUGUUUGGGCAUACGAAGUUUUGCAGAUGCACAUUCGUGCAAGGAGCUCCACACACGUUCGCAUAAAUUUGCCUUGCAGAACUUCCAACAGGUUGUCGGAACCGAAGAAUUCCUUUUGCUACCCUUCGAUGAGGUCAGGGAUUUGAUAUCAAACAAUCAAUUGAAUAUCUGCUCCGAGGAGAAGGUCUUUCUGGCCGUCCUCAAUUGGGUGAAGCACGAUUUGCCAGAGAGGCAGAAACACAUAGCCGAACUUAUGAGUCAUGUUCGAUUGCCAUUAGUUGGCCGAGACUUUCUUAUGACUUGUGUGGAAUCGGAGACGUUGAUUCGUGAAGAUUCCCAAUGCAAGGAGCUGCUGCUCGAGGCCAUGAAGUAUCACCUGUUGCCGGAGCAGAGGAGUUUAAUGAGCAGCCAGAGGACGAACGAGAGACGUCCGGAUGGCAUGAAACCGUACGUUUUUGCGGUCGGUGGUGGCAGCCUGUUUGCCAUUCACAACGAGUGUGAGGUUUACAACCCGCGGUUGAAUGCCUGGACCCCGAUAUCUCCGAUGUUGUGGAGGAGGUCACGGUCUGGAGUGACCGCGCUGCACAAACUGCUCUACGUGGUGGGAGGCUAUGAUGGGGUGACGGAUCUUUCAACGGCUGAAUUCUACAAUCCCCUCAUAAAUAAGUGGAGCAAUAUAACACCCAUGGGCACGAAACGGUCUUGCUUGGGCAUCUGCGCCUUCGACGGACUAAUCUACGCCUGCGGUGGUUAUGAUGGAGCCUCGUGUCUGAGCAGCGUUGAGCGUUAUGAUCCUCUGACGGGAGUUUGGAGCUCUUGUCCGGCCAUGAGCACACGCAGGAGAUAUUGCCGUCUGGCAGUGUUGGACAAUUGCAUAUAUUCCCUGGGAGGUUUUGACUCUACCAAUUACCAAUCGAGCGUGGAGCGAUUUGACCCGAGGAUCGGCCGAUGGACGCCAGUGCCAAAUAUGACCUCUCGCAGGAGUAGCUGUGGAGUGGCGGCAUUCGAUGGGCAUUUGUAUUGCGUCGGUGGCAACGAUGGAACCAUGUGCAUGUCCAGUGGUGAACGAUUGAAUUUGAGGAGAAACGCAUGGGAACCGAUAGGAGCAAUGCAUUCUAGAAGAUCCACCCACGAAGUUGUUGAUGUUGAUGGCUGCCUUUAUGCCUUAGGAGGAAACGAUGGCUCUUCAUCGCUAAACUCUGUCGAGAAAUACGAUAUUCGACUGAAUAAAUGGACAAUUGUCAAUUCAAUGGUAACGCGUCGUAGUUCUGUUGGAGCAGCUGUUCUAGAUUGCUUCCAUUUGGAGCGUGGUCUUGUGCAAACAACUAACUUAUGACCCCUGUCAUCGAUUGCUGAAACAUUUGCUGCUGCUGCUGCAGUUGCUGCAGUCAAUAACGCAUCUUCGACCAGUGGUAGUAGUAACAAUAGUAAUACGAAUAACGGUAGCAAUAAUGGUAGUUUUAACUUGAGCACCUCAGCGCCCUCUGGUCCUUCGGCUGGUAAACCUUCGACAGCUUAAUUCUAGAUUACAAAAAUCUUAAAAAUGACAAACACAGUUGCAACAUAGGUAUUGUAUGUGUUUUACUUGUGACUUUGACCUGUCUAACUACAAUUCGUGUCAAGUGUCAAAAUUUAAAUGUCACCUGUCAAAUUCAUAUUUUCCUGAUAAUGUUUUCUAGUAAACGUUAAAGUCAACACUUUGGAGAAUGUCUUGUCAUUUAAUUUAAUUGACAGAUAUUCGUUAAGUUCUCUUUUGCUGUCUUAUUCUCGUUAGAUUGGGCGAAGUUUUCAAUUUUGAAAUGAAAUAUAAGAGAAUUUUCCUUCUUUUUAGAUGAAGAACUAUAAUUCUGAUGAAAGAUUCAGAAAAACGACCAAUCUUAUCAAAUUUGAUGUUUGUACCUAUUCUGACAGUUGUGUUGAAAAUUAAAAAAAAAAAAACUUGAAAUGAGUUAAAAAACGAUAAAAUGUUCCGAAUUAAAAAUCAAUUGAAAUCAUAUUCCUAGCUCAUAAAUCUUAAUCACAUUCCAAAGUUAAAAACAUAUGUAAGUGGAUAUUUUGACACGUACUAGUCUUACUAUUCGUUACGUCUACUUGACAGCACUGCUUGACUUGUCAAAAUUUGUAUAUGUUCAGUUUUAUAGUAAUAUCAACUUACGUUUCAUUAUUUUCAAAAAAGGUUAAACAAAAGUUAAAUUACUUUUUCCUCAUAAUAUUUGAUGCAACAUUUAAGCUGACAUCUGUCAAAAUGUUUCGUUGUUUUCUAUCGCUGCUGGGGGACUUGACGAAACUAUUUCUAAGGAACUCAAAAAUGUUGAACAAAAUGAAACACAUUUUAAAGUAGAAUAUAGUGAUGUAUCCCAUGGGGAAAGUGUUUUCGAGUUUUAUAAGAUUUUGACUUUUAUAAGGAAGAAAAUAAAAACUAAGACAAAUUUAAAAGUAUUAUCAAUCACGUAUUAACAUUACAAAAACUUAACCAUAAAAGGAGACAUAACAUUAUAGCAGAUAACAUACAAAUAUCAUCGAAUUUUAAAAUCAUUAAAAAUAUUAUGGCAUCUUCUCGAGACAAAAAAAUAUCAUGUGCUCGAAUUUUUCAUUUUUCGUUUGAUCGCACUAAAAAAUCCUAAAUUAAUUGCUACAAGAACAACCCAAAAAAAAAUAUAAAUACUAUCACUGCCAAAAAUGAAGCAUUUUAAUCAUAAAAUAUCAGUGGAUGAAAAAUAAAGUAGUUUAUAAAUUAUUUUAAAAAACUUACAUAAAAGACAAUUUGCUAUAAAUAUAAAAAUAUGAUAGUCACUUUGUUUUUUUCAUACAAUUUUCCAACAAAUAAAAACACUAUCUACAUAUUUUUUGAAUUUACAAAAAAUGGUAAAAUUUAAAUAUUAUGGAUAAAGAAAUAUAAAUAUAAAAAUACAACAAAUAUGCAUUAUAAAAUAUAAAUUUAAACAAACCAAAAUAUAAUAAGA